CGCUGACAGCAAGAUGGCGGCGGCGGCCGGGCGGCGUGGCGGGGCGCUGGGGCGGCCCCCGGCCCCCGUGCCCGCGGGGGACCCGCCGCCCCCCGGCGAGCUGGUGCGGCCCUCGGUGACAGAGCUGUCGCAAGUGAGGACCAACAUCCUGUGCACGGUGCCGGGCUGCGGCAAGGUGCUGCCCAACAGCCCCGCGCUCGACAUGCACCUCAGCAAGGCCCACCCGGCGCAGGGUGGGAAACUUAAUGCACCGAUAAGGAAGGGUUUGAAAACUUCACAGAAAUUCUACUGCUGUCCUAUUGAAGGCUGCCCUAGAGGACCAAACAGGCCAUUUUCCCAAUUUUCUCUUGUAAAACAGCACUUUAUGAAAAUGCAUGCUGAAAAGAAGCACAAAUGUGAUAAAUGUAGUAACUCCUAUGGUACGGAAUGGUAUUUGAAACGGCAUAUAGAGGUCUGUGGCAAGACUUUCCAGUGUACUUGUGGGUGCCCUUAUGCCAGCAGAACAGCAUUACUGUCUCAUAUUUACAGAACUGGCCAUGAAAUUCCUGCAGAACACAGGGAUCCUCCUAGUAAGAAAAGGAAAAUGGAAGCCGCCGAACAUAAUCAGCAGCUGGCAGAGAAACCAAAUGAAGCGUUCAUCAAUACACACAAUAAUAAUCCUGGCACUCAGGAACUGGAGUCCUCUGAAGUGAAGCUAGUGGCCUCUCUGGAAGGCUCCCGCAGUUCUAACUUCACGAACCAAAUGCAGCCAAAAUGCACACCGAAGAUGCUUUUGCCAAAGCCCAAGGUGGCUUUGGUUAAACUCCCAGUGAUGCAGCUUGCUCACUUGCCUAUAUACGUGUCUGCAACAGACUCUUCUGUCAAACCUGCUGUAGUGGCUGUUGAUAAUCAAGGGUCAGUUGUAAGUACUGUUCAUUUAUUGCCUCAAUCUAUAGGAAUUCUCAUUCCAGCGCUGGAGGCAGAAACACUUGUAUUUAAAGAUAGUAUGCCUGUCUCAAAAGUGACCAAUUCUGGUGAUCGUGAACCAGUAAGUACAGGUGUGCAAGUUGAGUUGGAUAAGAUUACGUCAAAUAACAUAGGGCAAGAACUGGGGAAUGUUUGUCACAAGAAUAAAAUUUCUUCAAUAAAUAUACAGACUGACUUAUCUUAUAUUUCACAGAAUUUUGUACCGGCUGCAGCCUGGACUCCCAAUUCUUCUGUCUCCUCCUGCUCUCAGACAGAUCUGUCAUUCAGUUCACAGGUUUCGUUACCCAUUAGUGUACAAACACAGACGCUGCUGCCUGCUUCCAAACUGGCUUCAUCCAAAGCACAGACUGAUGCUUUCAGUCAGGUUUGUUUUCCAACGUGUGGUGUUUCUAGAGAGACUCAAACACAGGACUCUAUGGAUGGAAGAGUGCAAAUGGACCAGGCUGUCAUGUGCAGUAACAUCUUCGACAAUGUUCAUUCGUCAUAUAAUGUUUCUACUGACAUUGAACUUCCAGAAAACAAUUUAAUGCCUGCAAAUAUAGAUCAAACCUUGCUGCAAAGGAGUAAUUGCAAGAGCCUGAAUCAAGAUACAGUGAAGUCUGAAUCCCUUAUCAGCUUCAAUACACAGACAAAUAUCCUUCCACCUCAAAAUACAACGGAUAAUCAAACCCAGACAAUGGACCUACUAAGUGAUCUGGAAAAUAUCUUUUCAGGAAACAUGUCCAGCCAGACACUGGAUAACCGUGGCCUUUUGUCUGAGACAAGUUCUAAUGCUGACACACAUCUGCCGUCUGGUCCAUCACAGAGCACGGGAAUAGACUUUGACAUUGAAGAGUUCUUUUCAGCAUCCAAUAUUCAAACUCAGACUGAAGAGAGUGAGCUUGGUACCCUGAACUCUGAGCCAGUUUUGGAGUCACUAGACAUUGAAACUCAGACUGAUUUCUUAUUUUCAGACAGUGCCACUCAAUCAUACAGCUGCCGAGGAAAUUCUAACUUUUUAGGUUUGGAGAUGUUUGAUACACAGACCCAGACAGACUUGAAUUUCUUUCUGGACAGUAAUACCCACCUGCCUUUAGGAAGUAUUCUGAAGCAGUCUAGUUUCUCCAUGAGUACUGACUCAUCUGACACAGAAACCCAGACAGAAGUGUAUCCGGCUGCUAAAACUACACCUCCUCAGAAUAUUGAAAGCAAAGUCCAGCUCAGUAGCGCUGAAACACAGACUAUGGACAGCUGCUUUGAGAAUCUAGGGAGUUUAUUCCUUACCAGCAAUGAGACACAGACAGCAAUGGAUGACUUUCUUCUGGCUGACUUAGCUUGGAAUACAAUGGAGUCCCAGUUCAGUUCAGUAGAAACACAGACCUGUGAAGAGCUGUGCUCCUUGUUUCAGAGCUCUGACAAGCCCAGCCAUUGAGUGCUAUGUGAAAUGAUUGUGUCCUGUGGCUUGAAAUUAAGUUAUUGGGGUGGGAGAGAUGGAUUGACCAAGUUAUCCACUUUGCAUUAUUGAAUGUAGUUGUUGUGAGCAGUUGGCCUAAGAGGCUUUUCAUGCAGAAGGUACUUGACAGAACCUGUAAUUUGACAUAAGCUAUGUGUGUAGAAAUGGGGGGGAGUUAACAUGGUAAUGUACAUUUGAACCUUAAAAAAAAAGUUGUGGUGCCUAUGUUUUUCCCUCAGACUUCUUCGCAAAGCCGGUACUGCUUUCCAUUAAACAGAAGAACUUUUGAAGUGGCUAUAUAUCUAUAUCUAUCUUUCUCUACUCCUGGCUUACAUAUAGGGUUCCAAUGUGCUGGACCAAAACCCUGACCUGUCCAGUUCAGAUGCUUCCCUGAACUUACGGGGGAGGAUUCUAUUAGUGUAAGCUACUUCUGUUUACUUUUUUUAGUAGCUUGUAUUUUAAAUCCGGCAUGAACAUAAUAAGCCGUAUUGUUUUCUUUUACUUUAUGCCUUCACAGCUCUUUCCCCUGUAUGAGUUGGUAUUUUCCAAAUACCCAUCCAACACACUAGACAUCCAUAGACUUUUGAAUUGCUGAAUAUAUUUGUUAUUAAAACUAUAUGGAAAGCAGAACCUAAUUUCUUUUUCCCUGAGUGGCAUAACGCCCUUUGAAGGACAAGAAAAGAACCUGGAAUACAUAAAUAUAGGGAAAAUUAGUAUUUCAUCCUUUUAGCUAGAGUAAUAAAUGGGACUAACAUUUUAGACUCUUCAGGAGGGAUUUGCUUAAAUCAUUUCUGACUGUAAGAUGCAAAUGUUACAAUGUGUGUGCCUCAGAAACUGGAAUAAUUUGUUUCCACUGAAAUUCUCCUAGAUCCAUUAAGAUAUAAGUUGAGAAAUUUUGCAGUGGUUUAUACCUCUAUUACCUUAACAGAAAUCUUUAGAAAGGGGAGACUAAAGAAACGAGAAAUUAAAUUCUCUAAAAUACUUACUUAGACUCCUGGAUUUGGACUUCCUGCUUUUAAAAACAGUUGGGACUCUUACCACAGAGCUGGGAGAUCAGCUCACAGAAGCGCUUUCAGAACACCUGUAUCUUGCAUUUGCACACUGAUCUGCAGCCCUCAGAUCCUUGCAGCUUUUAGAGAAUUUUUCUGACUAUAGUCAGAAAAACUGGGGUUUUUUCAAAGACAUGUGUGACCUCUUGAAUUUAUCUUUUUUUUAGUGUUCAUCUUGCCCUUAUGCCAUUUUUUCAUUUACAUGAAAAAAAAAAAGCCAGUUGUGAAUGUAUGUUGGAAUUUGGCCUUAACUCAUUUUUAUCUCUUGGUAUAAUACCUGUGAAACUUGGCCUCUAGUUUUGUCCUGGGCAGGUUUUAGUUUACGUUACCUUAAAUGAAAAGAGAGACCUCUUUGUGUCAAGUUCCUGGGCCUGUAACAGACUUCACUCCUCUGUUGUGGGAGGAGAGGUGUUGGCUGUGUAUUUACAAAGCAGCCCAUCAGCAAAUGUAUGUCCAAGCCUUAGUUUCUGAAGACUUACUAUGCUUUGUGCUUCAUACCCUCAUCUCAGAGAUGUGGGAGUUGAGUUACUCAUCCAUUGCAGCUAGCUUGUUUGCUUGAAAAUGAACAAUACCUUUCAAUUUUCCUUUCUCUUCCUACCAGUCUUUAAAUUGCCAUAAUUAACUUGAUAAUGCAGUAAGCAUCUCUGCUUUUACUGGAAAUAAUCUCUUUAGAUUAACCCUGAAGCUCAUAUUUUCCUCUUGAAGCCACAGUUCUGUGUCUGUCUAAUUUUUCAUCAUUCCUAGGUGCAAGUUCAGACAUUUCCACUCUUUGGCUGAAGAAACUGCAGAAUGGAAUCUUGCAGUUCCCCUCAGAAAUGCUGUGGGAAAAGCUUCCCCAGGUUUCUCAUUGUCUUGAGUUCUGAUCCUAAAGGUGGGAUAUACUGAAAAAAAAGGGAAAUGUCGCUUGUAAUUCUGUUUAUUCUGAAGAUAUGACUGAAUUGUAUUUACCGACUUCAAAAUUGAGAAAUGACAAAAUUAGGUUAAUUUAUUCUAUUCUAUUGUAGUGUUUUUCUAGCAAUGUUGCAUCUUCAGGUUUUGCAGUGUUUUUCCUUCUCCUCUCUUCUCCCUGACUGGAAUACCAGAGAACUUCUGUUUUCCAUGUGCAAGUUGUCUGUAUUGACACACGAAAGAGAAGCAGUUACUACAAAUCUCAUUCCUAGAGCACUGCUCUAAAGGACUUGACAGUCUGGGAAAACUGCAUUUUCCACAGUUGUAGAAGGCAGAAAUGAACAAUUUUUCAUUACCUCUGAAUUUAGAAAGUUGGUCUUUUCUUCUGCAGGAGGAGGAGUCUUAGGUGAUGAGCAGAAUUGCAGAAGGCUUUGAAUAGCAGCCAUCUGAGAGAACAUCUGGCAUUUCAAGAACUUUGAAACUUAUUUACACAUCAGAAUAAGAAUUGCCAUGUUUUUACGGUGUAAACCAAAGUUCUUGACAUCAGUGACUAUCAGAAAAACCCUAAGUUUGUGUGUCUUACAAUGUAAUCGUUACUCAUUUAUUGUACUUGGCAAUUAAAAGUAUUUAUGAUUUUGUGUGUUUUAUUAGAACAUGGAAAAACUGUUCCCUUCCCUCUUCUUAUGGGCUUAAAAUAAUUUGAACUUUAAUUAGGUGAACACAGUAUCACAAGAUAAAAUUAUUUAUUCCAAGUGCAGCAUUAAGAAAUUAUUAAAUAUGUCUGCAUUGUCUUAGUGAAGUAGUUAAUUCUAACCAAAAUUAGCUUCUUUCUUCACAAAUUUGGUUCUCCAUAAUUUAUUUGUAGAAGUCAGAAACUGUUUUGGAUCCUGUUUUGCCAUAUGUUGCUCAGUUGGGAUUUAGUAAGUAUUUUUUAUUGAAAAUGUGAAGACUGCAACUGGACUACAUGAUUUGCUGAAUCCUACAGUAAACCUAAUGAAACCUGAUCUGAAAUACUGUUGCUGAAGACUAUGAAUUCUUCAAAAUUGAACAAGUUUUUUAAAAUGGCUAAUCUUCUAUUUUGAUGAACUGAGUCAAAAUUGUUUCUUAGUACUACUGAAAUGAUACUUAUCUCCCUGUUUCUGCAGUUUGUCUCUGAUUUUCAAGGCACUCUCUUGUUUGCUAAGUCAGUAGUGACUUAUUCCUUUGCUUGUUCUCCCUUGUAUCCUCCGCUGCCAUUUGAACAGCUAUACAAAAAGUAACAGCAGAUUCUCCAUAGCCUCAAUACAAAUUUUUAUUUGGGAGUGAUGCUUACUCUUUGCAUUUUCUGCUUAAUUCUGUUAUGCUGCGUUUCUGAAUCUUGAUCGAUAUGCCUGUAUAAUGCUACUCUAAAACUGAAUUAGUAGUUUUAGAGUUUCCCUUGAGCUCAUCUUUAGCGUAUAAAAAAUGAAAUGAAUGAAACUGCGAAUUUGGGACACGUUCCAAGAGGACAUAACCACGAAACAGCUGAAAAAUGAGAGAUGUGUCUUGUUGCUUUCCACGUUCGUUUGUCACACUGUUAAAAGCUUGUAUGACCGAUGUGUGUUUCUUCUACUUUUGGCUUUAUUUGCAUCUAUUUCAGCUAAUAUGCUUGGAAAUACUACUUUCUGCUUUGGGCAGGGAGGGAAUCCUCCCUGAACUCCUCAUGUCAGCCUAGAGAAAUCAGUAGUUUGAAGUCAGAGUUUACUAACCCUAUGUAUUCUUAGCUAUGCAAAACUGCUUGUGUCUAGAAAACUGUCACUUCCAAAGGAUAUGAAGUCUUACAGAAAAAACAUACUUGCAGCUGUAAAUUAAUCAGCUGUAAAACAAGCCUUAUGACACCUCCUCUAGUUUUGAACAAUUAUUUCUAACUUAAUGUAUGUAAUUAACACUUCUUACAAACGUUUACGCCAAGGCACACACGCCGUCAUUUUUUUUCUGUUGGAAACAAAAAGCUGAGUUUCCCUGUCAGUCGUAUGUACCUCAGUUGUGUAGAGGCGACAGAACAAAAAGAUGACUGCCUUCCACUGUUUUAAAUCCUUAUCAAGCCUGUGCAUGCUUACGUGCAGUCACAUCUGAACUGGUUUUUUUCAUGAGGCUCAGUAGAGAUGUAUGUGUUGGCAGGACUGGGAUCUUGCGGUGUUUGGGGUUUUUAAUAGGUUUUCAAGUACGAGGUCAGUCAAAGGAGUAAUACAUACUGGUCAACAUAGGGUGCUGAACUUGCAAAAGGAUCUGUUACUGAAAUGACAACUCAGAGGUGAACCAAUUGUACUUGCCUUUAUCAAUAAGGUUGUACAGCUUCCUUUGCUUUAAUAUAUUUGACGUGGGUUUUUGUAAAUGUGAUCUUAAUGUACAAUUAACUGUUCCAAAUACAUUCACACCAAAAUGUUAAGUCUGGGCCUUGCAAGCUUUUUCAUUCGCGUUUGGUUCAAGGUGCUGCCCUGCCUGUGUUCCUGGUAGAACAGGCCUACUGUAAACAGGCUUCCAUUAACAACUUUAUAUGAACCCUAUGAGGUUGUAUAAUAGCAGGAAGCUUCAAUGCAUGGUGCAAACGUGCAUCGUCUACUUCUUUUGUUGAUGUCUUUUAACAAUUGAUGUGAAUUUAAAUGUGUGGCUAGAAGGAUUUGCUGCAGGGAGCAUGGUUGAAUGUUCUUGUUUAAAAUGCCGCUGCUAUGUAAUGGACAGAGUUGAGAAACUACAUCAUUCAGUGCAGCCAGGCUGAGGGUAUGUUUGUAUUCAUGUGCGUCACUCUUCCACUUCACCAAAAAUGUAAUCGGACAGCAUGAAACAGUGGAAACUCCUGAAGGAACUGCUGAGUUAAAUAACAGAAGUCCUUUACUUCUGAUUCUUUCUCAUAUACUGGCUUUACAGCGGUGUCUUCAACUUAACUAGCAAUGGAAUAUAACAGAUGACUUGUGAUAAUGUAAACUGUACAUUUCAGAAUACUGCUUUACAUGCAUGCUUCAAGCACUUGCAUGCAGAGCUCGAUUGACUACUUCUACCUACAGAUAUUUGCAACUGUUUCUCUGGUAAAGCUAGAUAUGAAAGAUAGCCAUAUCUUUUUUUCAGCGUACAGAAUUCAAGACUUGAUUUUGACCUAAUUUAAACUUGUAAUUAUUUGGAAUGGGUGAGUAAUAAAUCCCAUGGGUGAGUCUUUCCCAAAGCAUAUGUGAGUUGAUCUCACUAAGGCUGAGAAAUGUCCUUAAAAUGUUUUUCUUUUCAUCACUAGUGGGAUUUUGCUAUAGUGGACAAGCCUGGUUUUCGAAGGAUGUCCAUGUUUAAUUCUUGCUAUUUAAGUAAGCAAGCAGUAAGCUUGCAGUGAGCAAACAGAAGCAAGCAUUCGUUUCUUAGGCCUGUUUUACAAGUGACAAUCCCAAAGAAGGAAUGUUGUCCUAGUAAUUGUGAAACUUUUAAGUAUAUUAAUGCAUGCAGAGAAAACUUUGUGCCAAAAUACUGUUUCAUAUUUCCCUCUGUUGGAAGCUGCAGUGUUACGCAAAAUUACUAUUAAGUUAUUCAGAAGUAUAAAAUGUUUUGUUCACAAAUGAAGCACCACUUUAGUCCUGUAAAUAUUUUGGAAUAAAGUUAACCUCAAUCGAUUUUUGCUUUCUGUUUUAAUGGCUGUGAUCUCCUGCCCGCAGAGGCAUGGGUGGGGUAUUCCAUACCUCUUGGCAAGUACCACCCACUGCUCCUAACAUCUUACCUUUUGAAAGCUUGCUGUCUUUUGAAAGGACGGAGAUUUUUAUAAAUUAAGACUAUCUUACAAUGUCAGUCCUUGAUUUCCAGAGGUGGCGAAAGUUUUCCCGUGUAGUCCUGCUUUUCAGUGAAUCCUAGGAAGUAUAAACUCACGAUACAAAUGUAAUCAGUAUGUCAAGAUGUGACAUUUCAUAAACCUGAAACAAAUCCAUUAGAGAGACUUUCUGCUGCAAGUGAACCUACACAUCAACUUCUGCACUGAAUCUCAUGCGUAGAGGCAGGGGUGAGUUCUUCCAACCAGCAGCAUCCAGGCUGGCUGCAAUAACAGCCCUAUUUCCCUUGCAGGAAUCAUUCUGCUUAGUACAGGCUCUUAUUUCAGGCUUUUCAUUAUUCAGAACAAAUCUGGCCCACGGACAUAAGUCAGAUGCUUAGAUAGGCUGAUCUUCAUGAAACUUUCACAAAUGGUAGGCAGCCUGAAAGGCAGACCAACUUUAAAUCUUGAUUGAGAAGAGGGUAAUGGCUGUUUAGAAGGGAAGCCUCAUGUAUAUUUGAACUAUUUUGUCAUUUGCUGUGCUGAGAAUUCACUUAUUACUUCUGGCAGUCAAAGCAUCCCUGAGCAGUUUAUGUUUAGUUCCUGAAUUUCCUUCACUUAAAGAAAUUGCGUGCUGGCGAGCUGAUUGUUUCCCGUCAAAAC